GCGCCCACGCGCAGCGGUCAGCGGCGCGCGACUGGGAGAUGAGCAAUGGCGACGGGGGGCUGCCCGCAGGCGCGAUGGCGGGGCGGCCCACCAGGCGUGGCAGUGCGCUGCGCAGGAAGGAGGAGGCCGAGGUAGGCGCCUCGGCGGCCCGCCGACGGGCGCGGGCGCGGCGCCUCCUCGCCGCCACGGCGGCAGUCGGCAAGGCGGCCAGCGGCGGCCCAGGUUCCUGGCAGGACCGGGAGGCUGCUGCGCGCCCCGCCUUGCGCCGAGCCGCCGCGGGACGCCGCGUCCCAGGCGCAAUGCGGCGGCGGCGGAACGCCGCGUGGCACGCGCUGCUGGUCCCUGCGGGCGGAUUCGCGCGCGCGUCCGUAGCGGGCCUUUCGCGGGCCGCCGCAGGCCCCCGCCUGGGCUGGCUGCCCUCGCUCCCGGAGGCGGCCGCGCUGCCCUUCGGCGACUACGGUGAGGUACCCGACGAGCACUGCCAGGCUCCCGGUGCCAUGGACUGCCCAGUGCUGGGCGGCGCUGCCGCCACUGAUGGAUGGCGGCGCCCCCCCAUCGUGAGCUUCGCGAACCAGGUCGUCGCCGUGGCAGUGGACGGCAGCGUCCAGACGGAGCUCCUGGGGGGCGAGGAUCACCUCGAUCGCCUGCGGCGGGUCUUGCGCCAGCGGCUCGAGGCGGCACAGCGGCCCGCGCUCAAGCCUGCCGCUGCCCUGUUUGCCCCGCUGCCCGAGGUGCUCCAGGUACGGAUCGUUGGCAUGCUAUCCCUGCCCGACAGGCUGCGGUUGUGCCAGGCCUCAACUGGGGUCGCCUGGACCUUCGAGAGCUGCACAGGGGACGCGAACGCCGACGUGGACCUGGGCCGCGGUUUCGGCUCCGACUACCAGCUGGACAUGCUGAGGGGGGAGUUGCACCAUCCCGCGUCGAACCGCACCCAGUACAGGGCUCUGGUCGCGAAGCAGGCCCAGGACAUCCGCUCCCUACGGGAAGGCUGGGCUGCUGCGGAGCAUGCGCUGCGGGACCAGCUCGCCACGCUCAGGGAGCAGCUGCAGGCGUACAUCGCGAUGAGCUCGGAUGCGCCAGCGGCCGCGGGCGAGCACAACGACGACGCAUCCGAUGGCUCGCUCUCGUCCCUCGUGGUGGAGGAUCGAGGUGAUGAUUGCGAGUUCUCCGACGGGUUCGAUACUUCCGAUGUCCUCCUCGAUGGGACUGUGGGCCUCAGGGCCUUGCCUCCCCUGCCUGCUCUCACCGACUGCCCGAUCGGUUUCAGGGCUCUCACUUGGCUGUGGGACGGCAGGGAUCCCACCGACAUGAGGCGCAUCGCCGACGAGCUGAAGUGGGCGGCUGCGACCCCCGUUCCCGAUGAGCUCGAGGGCGACACGGUGGAUGUGGUUCCCGAGGGCGCCGCGGC